CAAUUCGCAUCAAAUCAAACAGCGCGAAAAGAAGAAAAUUUUGAGGCUCUUCCAACAUGGCGCUCUCCCUAUCUUUCUCAAAACUUCAAAGUCUUCAACUUCCUCUACAAAUCCCCAUCUCCUCCCUCACUUUACACACCUCCAACUCUCUCUCUCUCUCUGCGUCCAAGCUACAGCAAGUAGUCCAAAGCUCGGUACUCUGAGAGCAAUGGCCUCUACCACUGUGGCGGAGCAAGUGAACCGCAGUCGCAUCACCACUCGCGCGGCUGCCAAGAGGAGGGCGAUGGCCACCUUGGCGGAGGAGAACCAGUUGGGUAAUAAGAAGCGCGUGGUGCUUGGAGAUGUUACGAAUUUGGUUAACGUCGUCGUUUCGGGGAACUCCAAACGGGUUGAGCUGCAGAAGCCCCAUUGUGUCACCAAGAAGGAAAAGAGGGCCGAGGCGGCGCGUGAGUUUGAGGAUCCGCAGCUUUGUGGCCCGUACGCUUCCGACAUUUAUGCAUAUCUCCGUCGUAUGGAGGCGGAGCCAAAGAGAAGGCCGUUGCCUGAUUACAUGGAGAAGGUUCAGAAGGAUGCAAAUGCCAAUAUGAGGGCAGUGCUUGUGGAUUGGUUAGUGGAGGUUUCAGAGGAAUACAAGCUCCUUCCGGAAACCCUUCAUCUAUCUGUUUCUUACAUCGAUAGAUUUCUCUCAACGAAUGUUGUCCACAAGCAGAAACUUCAGCUUCUGGGAGUUUCUUCGAUCUUCAUUGCCUCGAAAUAUGAAGAGAUUGAUCCUCGUAAUGUGGAUGAGCUCUGUGACAUAACCGAAAAUACAUACACAAAAGAAGAGGUGAUCAAGAUGGAGGCUGAUAUCCUCAAAUCCCUGAAGUUUGAAAUGGGGAAUCCAACUACUCGUACCUUCUUAAGAAAAUUCACUGAUGUUGCUCAAGAGAGUUACAAAACUCCCAAUUUGCAGUUAGAGUUCUUGGUUGCCUACCUUUCGGAGCUGAGUUUGUUGGAUUAUAAACUUGUCAAAUUCCUGCCUUCUUUGAUAGCUGCAUCAGCUGCUUUUCUGGCAAGAUUUAUGACUCGAACAAAAACACAUCCUUGGUGUCCAGCACUACAACAGUAUACCGGAUAUAAAGCAGCUGAUUUGAAAGAAUGUGUUCUUGCCAUACAUGAGAUGUGCUUGGGAAGAAGAGCAAGAAAUUUGAAUGUUAUUCAAGAGAAAUACAAACAACCUAAGUUCAAAUGUGUGGCACAUAUUCCUUGCCCUCAAGAAAUACCAGUUCAUUUCUUUCAAGAUCUGAAAGCAUGAAGAAUGAUCUUUGAGGCAAGGGCUUGUCCAAUGUGAUAGGAAGAUCUGGCUUUAAGUUGAUUAUGGCGAGCUCAAUGAAAGGGUGGUAAUGUGGCCAAUUGCCAUUCGGUGAGGAUGGGGCAUCAAGUUUGAUCUGCUUUGGUUUUUCAUGAUUGGAUGCUCACUUCCAAAAACCGUUACUCCUGGUUAGCACAUGAUUAAACUUCUUCAUGUUGGACUUCAGACAUGGUGGUUCUAUGCUUGCCAUUCAUUGGAUCAACAGCGAAUAAGCUUUGAUGCAGGGUUAUGGUCGAGCACUGAACCAAAUUAUCUGAAACCAAGGGGACAUUGCACUUCCAACCAAAUGUGGUGCAAUGAUGUGAACAUGGGACCUAAUUGUGGCAAGCCAAGAUUUUCGAGCCACAGGUGGAACAAUGUACAUGAGCAAGAGCAUUGCCCUUGUUAAACUGAAACAGCCAGCCCUUGCCCUUUUCGUUGAUGAAACUAAUUUAAUGAUCUCCCAGUAUUGAGGACAAGAAUGCUCAUUGCUUAUGGUCCCUUUAUAGUUCUAGGUAGAAUUUCAUGGGUACACCUUUGUUCAUGUAAUAAGCUAUGAUGCAAAUUUGAAGUUUGCUGACUUCUGGUAAGUUUGGCUGUAAAUGAGAAUAGAAAAUCAUGAUCUCUUACUCAAGUAUGUUUCCUCAUAAA